GAUGUCGUGUCUCUCUGCAAACUCCGGCGGAUUCUACUGGCUUUGUUUCCUAAUUUUCCGGUGGUGACUGAGUUUCACUUUGACUUGGAUAUAAUUUUGACUGCCCGGAACAGGAAGCAAGUAGAGCUACCCUCCUUCGCUAACUGAUGAUGUAUGGAGACUAGAGAAGAUUUACAGAAAUGGUGCUUUCUACAGGCGGUUGACUGAAAAUGGUAUCAAAACUGUGGAGGAUUUCCUAAUUGGACUCCACAACAACAGUCAGAGGCUACGCCAGAUCCUUGGCAAAAGCAUGUCUGAUAAUUAUUGGAAAAAGGUUACAACGCAUGCUAAGACAUGUGAUAUUGAUGGAAGAACAUACUUGUAUUAUCAUACGGAAACAGAACAAAAAUUUGCAGUGGUGUUUAAUAUUGCUGGUCAUGUGAUAAGGUUGGACUCAGGGUGCGGUUUACAUCAAUUCAACAAACUCUCUGAAUCUCAAAAGGCGUAUGCACGCAAGUUAGUGGAAACUGCAUUUGCAAACUGGGAAAGUGUCCUAAAAUUUGAUAACAAUAUUUCUAUCAUGGAUCACUUAUCAUCGUCCAUAUUAUCCCCACCAUCCUGUCCCACACUUGAUGAUUUCCAGCACUCAGAACUUCAAAUUACCUCACAUGCAGAAUCAGAUGAGAUGUCUCUUGAUAUCCCCACUCCUGCCCAUACAACCACCCCCAACCAGAUCACCUCUAUGAAUGCAGAUUCAGAAGAUUUUUUGGAGUAUAUUAUGCAGCUUCUCAAUUCUGAUGAACUUCAGUUUGAGGAUUUCUCAUACGGAGAGCCUGGACAAGCCAACUACUUUGCUGCUGAAACAAGCGAUGCGCAGUUCCAUGAAUUGCAACAUGGUGAGACGAUGGAUCUUUCCCAAAACCAAUUCACAAAUUUCAUGGUUUCUGAAAAUGUUCAUUCCGCCAUCCAUAUUGGAGGUAGCACAAAUGUCAAUCAACGAUGCCAAAUGAACAAUGUCUCGGUAGUUCCAGGGGCCAAAGGCAAGUCGAAGAAGAACUGGGCCAAGGUAUCUCUGCGAUGGUUCUUAUUGAAAAGCUUUGUUAAAAAGGUCCGAAUUAGCAAGAAGCGGAAAUUGUCCAAAUAAGCAUAUGGUAAACAAGAACCACCGGCUUUAUCCCAUUUAGCUCCGGUGGAGAUCGAUCAGCAGUCAUUACAGUUUUAUACCGUGUGACGUUUUUAGUUCAUCGUUGAAAUUAGUGUGGGUAUAUUUUAUGAAUAACUUGAGUUCAUGCUUUAACGUGAACUAGUUGACGAGUUUGAGUUGUUGGAACUUACGAAACAUGUAAUGAUUUUAAUUAUUAGUAUUAUGUCUGAAAGAACGAAUGUUAAUUCGAAUUGGAGGAACAUGCCAUACAAUAAUAUUUGUGUACAACUAAACAUGCUUUGCAAUUAAGUGGCCCGCUACAUUUAUUUGUCUC